AUGCAACUCUCCGCAGCUCGCCGAGAUAUCCUCAAUGCGCCUCCAGACCUGAGCAAAUUAACUGAUGACCUCUAUGAUCUUGCGCAGGAAUUAGAGAAUCUGAAGUUGGAGCAAUCGGUGCAGGCGGUGGUGUAUUCACCGUUAAAUGAGGCGUUGAAUAAGAUACGUGUUUUGAGCUUUGUGGGGGGAGAGGAAGAGGUUGUGUUGCGAUGUAAAGUGGAAAUUGUUUCGUUGGAUGCUUUGAAAGAGGGAGCUUGUGUUGAAAGGAAUGGAGGAGAGUCUUGGGAAUCACAAUUUAAUGCGCCUCAACACCGAUUCACCUGGGGCGACUUUGCAACCCUCUCUUACGUCUGGGGUAGCGGACGCUCUAGGAAGAUAAUACUAAACGAACAACCGACUUAUAUUGGGGCAAACCUCGAAGCGGCACUACGGUCACUGCGAGGUACGCAGCGGUUUAAUGGGAGGUUUAGGCUGUGGGUUGAUGCGCUUUGUAUUAAUCAGAAGGAUGUCGAGGAACGGGGUAGACAGGUCAAGAAGAUGCAUAUGCUGUACAGCUCUGCGUGGAUCGUGAUUUCAUGGGCGGGCGAGGAAAGGAAUGGGAGUCCUGCUGCGAUGCUUCUGUUGGAUAGAUUAGCGGCAGCAAGUCGAUCUGGGGCAGGGCGAGAGGUAGAAGCGUGUUUAAAGUGUGAUCCGGCGUAUUUCGGAGUUGGGUGUUGGUUUGCGCUGCAUGAGUUUAUGCAGCGCGAGUAUUGGAGCCGGGUGUGGGUUAUACAGGAGGUGGUGCUUGGAUCGAAGCGCGUGGUUCUGAGAUGCGGAAAGUGGUGUUUAGAUUGGGAGAGCUUCUGUACUGGGUUAGUGUUUUUGUCGGAUUAUUUGUGGACGGUUAAGGAUGAGUUGUUGAAGCGGGAUCUGGCUCUCGUGCCGCGUAGGAGAGGACAACCUCAGAUGUGGUCGACGACCAGUUGUCAUCUUAUUACGAAAGAUCUGUGGCCGAUGAGUAAGAUGCGAGAGGAAAAGUCGCGGAGAGACUGGCUUGAUUUUGGUCGUCUUUUGGUACUUGCAAACUCGGCGAACUCGAGCGAUGUGAGGGACAAAGUGUAUGGUCUGAUUGGGAUGAUGGAUCCUCUCGUUUCACAGCAGCUUGUACCAGAUUAUAUCAGUUCGUCAGCUGUGAUAUUUGCAAAGGUGUUGCAGGUGUAUAUCGAGACUUACCAAGAUCUGGAGCCGAUCCGCGAAGGGAAUUGUUGGGGCAAAAUGAAUGCUCCAACAUGGGCUGCCGAUUGGACUUGGGAUGGUAGAUUACGAUACAAUAGACCGGAAACUCGAUUUUGGGGACCGUUCUGGGAGACGGUAGAUAGCACUCGACUUGCUGUUCCCGCGGAACCAUAUCGCGCGAGUGGAGAUACUAAAGCUGACAUAUUAGGUCUCGGCUCACGAGAGGAUGGAUAUUUUGAGUGGCCGCGCGAGUCUAUCAUUAAUCCCAAACAACAAACCAGUGCUUAUGGCGACGAAUCUGGUAUCAGGAAAGCUCUAUAUACGGCCCUUGUCGCUGACCGAGUUGACAAGGGGAGAAAGGCAGAAGGAAGACAUGCUGCUAUUUUCCACUUGCCUUCCAGCUUCGAAAAAGGUAAACCGCAGUUUGAUAACCUAGGAUGGAAAUGGUUAGGAGACCAAGAAGGUUACUACUUCAGAUGGGGAGGCUGGGUUCAAGCAAACAGAGAAUUCAUGCUCUGGGGUCAUAGACUUGGUGACUUUUUCGAUGACGUUAUUCCUGAUGAUGCCUCGGAGUAUGACUUCAUGGAGGUUUACUGUGGUGUUGAUCGCACGGCGAAAGCAAGGAGAUUUAUGACGACGGAAAAUGGCUGUUUGGGGUGGUGUCCGAGUAAUAUCUAUGGUGAGGGUUCAGAGCAGACUCAGGUGGGUGACUUGAUCGCAAUCUUGUUUGGUUGUAGCACGCCGAUUGUGAUUCGACCCUUUGGUGAGCAGUUCAAAGUUGUCGGAGAGGCUUAUGUUCAAGGGUUUAUGGACGAAGAAGGUAUUGGGGGAUGGGAAUCUGGUAGAUAUACAAGUCAGCAGUUUACAUUUGUUUAG